UCGAACCGACUCCAAACAAACCGUUACUACGGAGCGAAAGACCCCCAGGGUCCGAGAGACAGAAAAGAAAACCAUGUCAUCGUUCGGAUCCGGGUCUACCCGCCCCUUCGACGACGGAGAGACUGAAUCUCCGCCGUCGAUCUUUUCAGCCGGCGGUGGAUUUGGAAGCUCCGAGGCGGAGGAGGGGGUUGCCCUGAGAGAGUGGCGGAGGCGGAAUGCAAUUGAGCUGGGGGAGAAGGAGAAGAAGGAGAAGGAGAAGCUGAAGCAGAUAAUAGAGGAAGCGGAGGCGUUCAAAGUGGAGUUCUACAGGAAGCGGGAGCUGAACGUGGAGAAGAAGAAGGCUUCGAACAGAGAAGUCGAGAGGGUAUUUCUGGAAAAUCAGGGCAAGUUUCAUGCAGAAGCUGAGAGGAAUUACUGGAAAGCAGUUGCGGAGAUGAUUCCUCGUGAGGUUGCAGCGAUUGAUCAGAAGAGGGGGAAGAGAGCAGACAAGGAGAAGAAGACGGGUUCUGUGGUUUUGAUUCAUGGGCCGAAGCCUGGGAAGCCCACCGAUCUUUCGAGGAUGCGUCAGAUUCUGGUGAAGCUGAAGCAGAGUCCCCCUGCUCACUGGAACCCUAAGCCAGAGGAGGUGGCUGUGGCUCAUGCUUAGACAUAUUGGUGUGAGUUUGAGUGAUCCUAGACUUCAUCGUAACAUUGAAAAUUAUAUAAUCCAUAUUAUAUGACUAUAUGAGCAUGUAAAUUAAUUUCUCUUCCAUGCAUGGCUUUUGGUUUGUUAAUGUAUAUAUUUAAUUACUUAA